AUGUCACCUUGUUCAGCAACAACUACCUCAUCUUCCUUUAGAAACAGUCAUGUCAUUCUAGAAGAAGAGCCUUCUUCUCCUACAACAUAUAUCAUUCAACCACCCAAAUCUGGUGCAUUUCGUAAAAUCAAUAGUCAAGCAGAUUUACCAAUGGCACACCAUCAAAGAUUGAGAGAAGGCAAACGAUAUGGGCCACUGUAUAUGCUUACGAUCGAACUUAAAUCAACAUAUUCUUCAUGCAGUGAUGGAUUCAAAUAUAAUGCAACUAGUAAUCCACGCCGUGUGCUAACGAAACCAAGUAAAGCAUGUAGAAAUGAUGGAUAUGACAAUGAAGAUUUUGACUACGUUUUAUAUGUUAACGAUAUACUUGGAAGCACAGAAGGCCACAAAUAUUUGAUUCUUGAUGUGCUUGGUGCUGGUACAUUUGGUCAAGUUGUCAAGUGCAGAAACACAAAGACACAAGAAGUAGUGGCUAUUAAAGUAGUAAAAAACAAGUUGGCUUAUUUUAAACAGAGUAUGAUGGAAGUAGCCAUACUUGAGAUGUUAAAUCAACGAUAUGAUGAGCAUGAUAAACAUCAUUUGCUUAGACUAAGAGACACGUUUAUACACAAAAAGCAUCUUUGUCUUGUAUUUGAGUUACUCUCUGUCAAUCUAUACGAAUUAAUCAAACAAAACCAUUUUCGUGGACUCUCAACCAAUUUGGUGCGUGUGUUUACAGCGCAAAUAUUAGACGCUCUUACUGUAUUGAAUGAAGCAAGAAUCAUUCAUUGUGAUUUAAAGCCUGAAAACAUCCUGCUGAAAAAUUUGGAAUCGCCUACACUUAAAGUGAUUGAUUUUGGAUCAGCAUGUCAUGAAGUACAGACAAUGUAUACCUAUAUUCAGUCCAGAUUCUAUAGAUCACCUGAAGUACUUAUUGGGUUACCAUACACAAGUGCUAUUGAUAUGUGGUCCUUGGGGUGCAUUGCAGCAGAGCUAUUCUUGGGCUUACCAUUGUUUCCCGGAAGUUCAGAAUACAACCAGCUUUCUAGGAUUAUCGAAAUGCUAGGAACCCCACCUAAUUAUAUGAUUGAAGUGGGUAAAAAUGCACAUCGUUACUUUGAUCGAGAUACAUCCACAGGCGAAAAACGAUAUGAAUUCAAAUCCAUGGAACAAUAUGCUCGCGAACAAGGCAAGUCAGAACAACCUUCUAAACGUUACUUUUCAGCAAAAACCUUGCCUGAUCUCAUCAAUAAUUAUCCUAUUAUGCGAAAGAUCCAAAUGACACCUAAAGAGAUUGAAAAAGAAAAACAGAAUCGAUUAGCAUUUAUAGAUUUCCUACAGGGCCUGUUAAACUUAAAUCCUAUUGAACGAUGGUCACCCCAACAAGCGAAAAAGCAUCCUUUCAUAACUGGAGAAAAAUUUACAGCUCCCUUUCAACCACCUUUUAUUCCUCGAAAACAACACCACUCAAACAAUUUGCCUUCUUCGAAUUAUCAGCAACCAUUGAAUGAUAAUCAGCAACACUCACCUACUAUGCUAACAACAGGUUAUCGUAAUAACACAAAUGGGAUGCCAACUCAAAGUUAUUCUGAUGUUUAUUUAUCGCCUGCAUAUUCGAGUCUGCCUAACCAUUAUGAGAAUACAAGUCAUUUUAAUGGGCAGUUGAAUAAUACGAAUAAGCGAUCGUCCUAUGUACCACCACUACCAAGUGUAAUUGAGCCACCUCAUCAUUUAUACCAUCAUAACAGUAAUAUACUCGAUGUGAAUCACACAAAUGGUCUCUAUAUGCAACAGAGCAAUAAUCAUGCCCAUGGUGGUAAUCGGCCACGCGCAAGCACAUUAGGUACAAUGGAAGUUCCGCCACAAAUCCAAUGGGCAGCCAUGGAUCAAGCAGAUGGAUCAUUAGCUACUGAAGGAUCUCUUUACAGUCCUUAUUAUCCUUAUGGUCAACCUCCUCCUCAACAGCAACAACAAAAGCCUCCUUAUGAUCUCAGUCAUGGUUAUUCCGAUCCCAACAAGAGCGAAAGUCUUUUAUUGCCACGCUGGAAUAAUUCUCAACGCACAAUUGAUUUAGAACGCGAUGGGGAUUGGCAAGAAGAGCCUACAAUGUUUUUGCCACUCACAAGUACAAAAUCAACUCCUCAUAAUCGACAAUCGCAUAAGAGAAGCAACAGUAGUAAUGUUCGAUUUUCUGAUAUGUCAAAUCAUAAUGGGACACGGGUAUCCACUAGUUUGCAUCGAUUUAUGCGUGGACAUGCUGUCCCACACAGUCGACAAGAUUUAGAAUGGGAUGGUGUAAUCCAUCAACACACAACGCAUGGCCAAAUCGAUAACGAAUUGGACAAAUCAAACAAUCAACAAUGGAAAAAAGACCAACCAAAGGAUUGGAUGAUUGCAUAG